AUGGGGUGGGCGGCGCCGCUUGUCUUCUGUUUCGUCCUCGCUGCUUCGCACCUCAUCAUCCCCCUCCACCGCCUCCGCUCCGCCGCCUCGCCGCCCCUCUACACGGACUCCCGCUGGCUCGUCGACGCCGGCGGCCGGCGGGUGAAGCUCGCCUGCGUCAACUGGGUAGCCCACAUGGAGCCGAUGGUGGCGGAGGGCCUCGGCAAGCAGCCCCUCGCCGCCAUCUCCGGCCAAAUCGCCGCCAUGGGCUUCAACUGCGUCCGCCUCACCUGGGCCCUCUUCAUGCUCACCAACGACUCCCUUUCCUCCCUCACCGUCGUGGAGUCCCUCCGGCGACUCGGCCUCGCCGAGUCCGCCGCCGGCGUUGAGGUCAACAACCCCAAGUUGGCCCAUCUCUCCGUCGUCCAGGCCUUCCAGGUCAGAUGUUCCUGGAGAUGAUCAUCGGGAUCGUUGUUUUUUCCUUUGUGUGUCUGGAUCUGUGGUGCUUCUUCUGCCCUAAUUUCGUACCCAUGGAUUAGGGAUUGCAGGAGGUGGUGUCCAGUUUAGCCAGGAACGAUGUCAUGGUCGUGCUGGACAAUCAGAUCAGCAAGCCGGAGUGGUGCUGCAGCAAGUUCGACGGCAAUGGCUUCUUCGGCGACGAGUUCUUCGACCCCGGCGAGUGGCUGAGGGGGCUCUCUCUAAUGGCGGCGCUGUUCAAUGGGUCGAGCUCCGUCGUAGCCAUGAGCCUGCGGAACGAGCUCAGAGGCCCUCGCCAGAACCUCACCGACUGGUACAGGUUCCGCCCUAAACCUCGAACCCUCUUCAAAUCUUCCCCACCUUCCUUCUCCAAAUCCUCUCUUCGCUGUAGAUAUAUGCAGAUAGGCGCAGAGGCGGUGCACUCUGCGAAUCCCGACGUUCUGGUGAUCCUCUCGGGGCUAGACUACGACAAGGACCUGAGCUUCCUCGCCGAGAAGCCGGUGGAGCUCUCAUUCUCCGGGAAGCUGGUCUUCGAGCUCCACUGGUACGGCUUCUCCGACGACGGCGACUGGGAGAGGGGAAACCCUAACGAGGUCUGCGGGAGCGUGGUGGGCAACUUGACAGAGAGAGGGCUCUUCCUGCUCGAACAGGGCCACCCUCUGUUCCUCAGUGAGUUUGGGCUGGACCAGCGGGCCCUUUCCCUCGCCGACGCCCGCUUCUUGAGCUGCUUGACGGCCAUGGCGGCGGAGCUCGACCUCGACUGGGCGCUCUGGGCUUUGCAGGGCAGCUACUACCUCAGAGAAGGCACUCUGGCUUACGACGAAACCUACGGGAUCCUCACCUGGAGCUGGUGCGAGCCUCGGAAUUCGUUCUUCUUGCCCAGAAUCUCCACCCUGCAAUCUCCCCUGCGAGGUAACUUAACUUUCUGCUCGGAUCGUCUUCUUCCCUGGUUUUAGGUUAAAACAGAGAGCUUCCUGCUACAGGUCCAGGUCUCUCUGAGAACUCCGAGUUCCAGAUGAUCUUCCACCCAUCGACGGGGCAGUGCAUCUUGAAGAACCCUAAAACAAACGAGCUCGAACUGGGCUCCUGCGCCGACACCGAGGCCUGGAGCUUCCAAGGAGGAAGCCUGGCGAUGGAGGGUACAGAGCUUCAUCUGCUCGCCGACGGCGUAGGCGAGCCGGCCAGAGUAGGUCCUAGUGGCGGCUGCGGCGGCUCGAUCUGGCGGCUGAUAUCCGACUCGAAGAUGCACAUCGCCACCACGCUUGCCAACGAUGGAGGAACCACGGUGUGCUUGGAUGCGGGGGCCGAAGCGGGCGGCGGCGGCGGUGUCGUCACCAAUCUCUGCAAGUGCCUGACCAAGGAGGAGCUCCCCUGCGACCCACAGAGCCAGUGGUUCAAGGUCGUGAGCAGCACCAGGAGCCUGCGAUGGCGGCGGCGGCCUCUCGCUUCCCAUGGCGGAGCUUCUGGUAGAAGAACUUGGAUAGCCACAGAUUAG